AUGGGUUUGUUCAGUGCAUUGUUCCACCCCAAGAAACUUCCCAUGCUUGUCGUCACCCUUGAUGCUCUUGGAACAUUGUACAAUUUCCGGCAGCCAGUGGCUGUGCAAUAUGUACAAGUCGCCGAGAGUUGCGGGCUCAAGGCCCGAGUCGAUCUCAAAAAAUUGGAUCGCUCAUUUAAAUCUUCCCUCAAGCAUUACAACGCCGCGCACCCCAACUAUGGCAAGAAGACCCUAGGAAGUCCUGAGAUAUGGUGGACGAAAGUUGUCAACCGGGCAUUUGGCGACCUGGUGGAAGGGGGAGAGGUAGCGCUGCCAAAGGAUUUGGGGCCUGCUCUUUACAAACAUUUUUCCUCCGGUGCUGCUUACGAACCAUUUCCCGACGUAAAGCCCUUUCUCCAGAGCAUGGCUUCACUCAAGAAACAGUUUGCUCAUCCAGAAGGGCCGCUCGUGGCGACUGGCAUUGUCACAAACUCCGACCCUCGAGUCAGAGUGGUGCUUCAGGACAUGGGUUUCCGCACAGGACCUUCGAGUAUUCCAGACUUCGAAAGCGUGAUGAAAACGCAUAUGGACAGUCUCCGCGAUCCGUCCAAAUUGGCCUUCGACAGUCCCUUCAAAGACUAUUACAAUCUCCAGAACGACUUCGACUUCCUGUGCACGAGCUACGACGCCGACGCGGAAAAGCCGGAUGAGAAAAUUUGGCUCGAAGCCCUGAGGCUUGUUUUUCCGAUGCCUAUUUCUCGAUCUGAACAGAACUGUGAGCCAGCGUCCAGCAUAACGGAUGCAUUUAGAAAAGUGUCGUCGGCCAUCAGCCAUCAAGUCGAUAUUUCAAGGACGCUGCGGAUUCACAUUGGAGAUGAGUACGCAAAAGACUAUGUUGGCGCGAUCGGGGUCGGCUGGGAAGCUCUUCACCUUGAUCGAGAAGGCGGCGGGCCAGCAUUGAGGAGCGAUGUCAAAGUCGUCCAAUCGCUCGAGGAGGCUGCCAUGGUGGUAAAUCUGAUGGCCCACGAGUAUUUCGGUCAAGAUUAA